AUGCAGACGCGGAAAGCGACGUCCUCCUCAGUCUGUCCCGAUGCUAGGAUCUUCCCAGCGUCCGCCCGUCCCAGGGGGCGCCCCCGCGGCCGCACCGCCGCCCCUGGCACGGGCCUCGCGCCCCCACCCGCCCAGGGACCCCGCCGGUGCAGCCACCAAAGGCACCAAAUUGCCAUCCCCAACGUGCGGCCCGGGGUAGCGGGGCACGUGCCGGCCCCAGCGGAGGACCCGGGGCCCGAGGACCCUUCACCUCCGGAGAGGGGAAGCACUCCGUCUCGGGUCCCCGCGCCGAGAACGGCGACCGACGGGGACAGACCCCAGAAGGCUGGACGCGGCGACGCUGGUCCGCCCGGGUUACCCAGCGCGCGCCUCCGCGGCAUCCGGCGCCUCCUUCCCGCCGGCGACCCCCACCCCAGCCUGAGGGCGCGCGGCGAGGAGCGGUGGCCUGCUCAGCUCCCACCUCGGCGGACAGAGCCGGGGGCGGGGUCACCUCGGGGCUCCCCACUUCCUCGACGCGGCAGCCCGCGGGUGAGCCUCCCGUGGCGCCGCGUUGCGGUCCCUCUGCCUUCCUACCUGCCUCCAGGAACGCCCCCGGCGCGCAGGCUGGCAGGGCCGCUGCGUGGGUACCGCCCCCUCCCCGGCCCGGACGUCGGCCUGGCCUCGCGGAACGCCUGCGGAGGUCAGACCUCUCCCCAGAGCAGGCUGGCUUUCUCCCCUCCCCAUUUCCUCCCACCCCGCCCUGCUGACACCCAUCCCCAGUCCCAGUGGAAGGACGUGCCCCCGUGGACAGGCCACCACAGGGACCGGUGA